GCACGUUUGAGUACGGAAGGGUCCGUUGUGUGGUUAGGGUACGGAAAUGGAAUGAAAAACCCAACAGAACAUUGACAAAGAAUUAGUAAAAGGAAGAAGGACUUAACGGACAGGUCUCUGUUCAAAUGAAGAGGACCUACCUGGUUGACCGUGCAUGUCACCCCCUGUUGCCAUGGCAACAUCAUAUUUUCCCAAAUUUCUCCUCCUGCUCCUCCUCUCCUCAUUAACCAUCUUGCUUGUGACCUUCUUGCCUUCUCCGGUUCCAAUGAUUCCUUUUCAUUCCCCCUCACCUUGGCUGCCACAUUCAUGUGGUCCAGGUCAAUCCUGGGCUGUCCAGCUCCAUGCUGAUCCACAACAUGCAGAAGAACAGAGCUCUGUGUUAUUGGAUGUAAUCGCCAACAGGGUGGCAGAGCAGGCUGGGCUGCAGAACCGGGGUCAGAUUGGACAGCUGCACGGCCAUUACUUGAUGUGCUCUAUAAAGACCAGUUCUGGAUCUGCUGGGGUCCUGGCAUCCCACCCUCAUGUCCUAUGGUACUCCCAGGAGAGACAACUCAGCCGCUCAAAGAGAUCAGUGUCCUUCAAUGAUCCCCAGUAUCCUAAGCAGUGGCACCUGCACAAUGACAUUAAUAAGGGGAUGGAUGUCAACCUGACAGGGGUGUGGGAGCGCAACAUAACUGGCCAAGGAGUGACGGUGGUUGUGGUGGAUGAUGGGGUGGAGCAUACACACCAGGACAUUCAGCCGAACUAUAGUCCAGAGGGCAGUUAUGACCUGAACUCCAAUGACCCAGAUCCCAUGCCUCACCCUGAUAUCCGCAGUGACAACCAUCAUGGUACCCGAUGUGCUGGUGAGAUCGCUGCUGUUCCCAACAACAGCUACUGUGCUGUGGGCGUGGCCUAUGGCAGCAAAGUGGCAGGCAUCAGAGUCCUUGAUGGUCCAUUGACAGAUAGCCUGGAAGCUAUAGCCUUCAACAAGCACUACCAGGUCAAUGAUAUCUACAGCUGCAGUUGGGGUCCAGAUGAUGAUGGACACACUGUAGAUGGACCUCAUCCCCUGGGCAAGGCGGCCUUGCAGCAUGGAGUGAUUGCAGGCAGAAGAGGUUUUGGAAGCAUCUUUGUGGUCGCUAGUGGCAAUGGAGGCCAAUACAAUGACAACUGCAAUUAUGAUGGCUAUGCCAACUCCAUCUACACCCUCACAAUCGGAGCAGUUGAUGAGAAUGGCAGGAUGCCCUUCUAUGCUGAGGAGUGCGCUGCAAUGCUGGCUGUUACAUUCAGCAGCGGGGGCAGCAAACUGAGGAGCAUUGUGACAUCAGACUGGUCCAUGCAGCAGGGGACAGGGUGCACAGAGGGUCACACUGGCACGUCUGCUGCUGCCCCCCUGGCUGCAGGAAUGGUGGCCCUCAUGCUGCAGGUCCGUCCCUGCCUCAGCUGGAGGGAUGUCCAGCACAUCAUCACUUUCACGGCCACCAAGUGUGACAACAGCGCAGACUGGAGGGUGAAUGGAGCUGGUUUCCAUCACAGCCACCAACACGGCUUUGGUCUGCUCAACGCGUGGAGACUCGUCAAUGCUGCCAGUGUGUGGGAGUCUGUGCCGUUCCUUGUGUCUUAUCAGAGUUCAGUAAUGAAAGAGGAAGCAUCCAUCCCAUCCUAUCCAGAUGAGCUGGUUCAUAGCUGGAAAGUCUCUGCGUCUGACCUGAGACAGUCUGGAAUGGAGACACUGGAGCAUGUGGCCGUCACCGUGACAAUAAGCCACCCUUGCCGUGGCAACGUGGAGAUUGUGCUGGUCUGCCCCAGCGGGAUGACGUCAGUCAUCGGUGCACGCCGGGCCAUUGACAGCGAUCCUGCAGGUUACCAGGACUGGACUUUCUCUACUGUGCGCUGUUGGGGAGAAAGAGCUGAAGGCCAGUAUACCCUCAAGAUAUCUGACCACAAAGAGCUGUCAUCUAAGCAGUAUGCCCCUGUGGGAGUGUUGAAGCAGUGGAAGCUGACCCUGUAUGGCUCCUCUAUGACCUUCAGUGAGGUCAAGGACAGACAAAGGUUGGUAGAGGAAGCUAUGAGUGGCACAUUUCUGGACAGCAGCCUGUCUCUGCCCUGUCCUCCAGGCCUGGACGUCCCUGCAGAGAUCGUCAGUCCCUUCACCUCCAACAACCUCAAGUUCCUACUGUUGUUGGGCUGCUUUGCACUCUUUUGGUCUCUCUACUACACGUUGGAGGUCACACUGGCCCACCUGGACCUCAGGGGCCUUCUUUGUCUGCGCAAGAGGCGCGGAGGUCACUGGGCCAGAAGGGGGCACCAAGGAAGAGGAGUGGAGGAUGCUGUGGCAGAGGAGGAGGAGGAGGAGGAUGGGGAGGAAGAGGAGAUGGACUCAGGGUUUGAACUACAAGCAGUGCUGGAUUCAGAGGCCAAAGAACCACUGUUUAAUAGAGAGCAGCUGGUAACAUAGCACUGAGCUAGACAGUGGUUUUGAAAUGAAAACCACCGUCUGUGAUCAUGGGACAUCUCAGGCUUUGACACGUGGGGGCGCCACAGAGUGGACUGCACACACACUUGAUACUCUCUGGACUCUGUCUUUCUCAAUUUUCCAAAUUUGUGGCCUUGUAUGAAAUGUGUGUGUGUGUGUGUGUGUGUGUACACUUUGUUAGUCCUUGGGUAAAGUUCUAUCAUGAUUUGAUGCACAAGUCCAGUGUGUAAGAAUGAGUGGAAACUACUGCCCCCCGUCUCUCUGUCUCUGUCUCUGUCUCUCUCUGCUGGUUCAUGCAUAGGUUUAUGUGGGUGGAGCCAUUCUUGUCCAUUUGUCACUUUAAAAUACAAGUUUAUAUAAUGAAGCCUGUAAAUGAGACACUGUGAAGGGCAGAGAACGAACAGACAGACAGACAGACAGACAGACAGACAGACUGACUACCUGCAGGUCUGCAUGUGAGUGUGUGUAUCGAGAGAAAAGUGAACUUAUGAGUUAAUGGGGUUAAAAGUUUGAAACAUGCUAUGCACUAUUUGAAGGUACAGAUGUGUUAUGUGUGUGUAUGUGUGUGUGUGUGUGUGUGUGUGUGUGUGUUGUGCAAGGUCUUCCAUUAAAAAUGAAUGUUUUCAGACAGUGGUGCAUUUUAAGAAUAAGAUUGAUUUUCUGUCUUUGAUUGUUUUAGCCUGGGCUUAUUUGAGAGCUACCACCAAACUACUGACAAACUUGAAGUAGUUCUUUCAGAUGUGGGAUUUGUUUUUAUUGUAAUAUAUGCACAGUGUCUUCCUGUUGUACAUAUGUAUGCUGUGUGUAAGGAUUUUAUACUUUCUUUUUAAAGAGUAUAUUAAUAAAGAGUUUAAUUUUUUAAUGUAAAGGAGUGUUUUGCUGUGCAGGUCACGGGGAUAUGAAUGAUAAUAAAAGACUUGAUGGAAUAAAUGUGUCCAUGCAAACUCA